GUUUGCGAUUAAAUGAUUGGUUGAGAAAAGUUUUGUUGACAAACAAAUCGGUGAACACUUUGGGAGACGUGUUGUGAAUGACGUGUAAAGCAAUCGCCGCUUAAUUGAGGCCACAAUCAGCUCAUUAUCACUGUUACCACAAAAUGUUGAAAUCAGUUAUACUGAUGGGCGGACCGCAGAAGGGGACCCGAUUCCGGCCGCUCUCGUUGGACAGUCCGAAACCGCUGUUUCCUGUGGCGGGCCUUCCGAUGGUCGAGCACUUGGUUAAGGCAUGCGCUGCCGUUCACGGCAUGAAAGAGAUAUUCCUCAUCGGCUUCUAUCCGAUCCAUAUGUUCGCCCAAUUCAUCGAUUCAAUGAUCAGGAAAUACAACAUUUCUGUCCGAUAUCUGCAAGAGUACACACCUCUGGGCACCGCCGGCGGGAUCUAUCACUUCCGCGACCAGAUUCGUGUCGGAGAUCCCGAAGCGGUCUUUCUUAUCAAUGGCGACGUUUGCGGAGAGUUUGCUCUCAAAGAGAUGCUUGACUUUCAUCGAAAUCUUCCCAAUAAUAAUAAGUUGAUCACAAUUAUGGCCACCGAAGCCACUCGUCAGCAGUCAUUCAAUUACGGUUGUAUCGUUGAGGACAAAGAUAGCCAUCAGGUUCUGCAUUACGUGGAAAAGCCUCAGACGUUCAUCAGUACGACAAUCAAUUGUGGCAUUUAUUUGUUUAAAUCGGAUCUAUUCUACGAUAUCGGAGAGAUCUUUAGGCGAAGACACAGCGCUGGCGGCGAUUCACACGAUCUGAAUCUGAAUACUAACGGCACGAAUGGUCUCUCAAACGGAGACAAUAUGUUUGAAUGCAUUAGUCUUGAAGAAGACGUUCUGAUGCCUCUCUCGCAGACGAAGAAUGUGUUUGUGUUUAAGACGUGUCAGGAGUGGUGGAGUCAACUGAAAACCGCCGGUUCGGCCAUUUAUGCCAACAGAAACUAUUUGAAACUUUACCGCAAAACAACUCCACAACUGCUUUCUUUGGACACCCCUUCGGGACCUAAGAUAUUGGGCGAUGUCUUCAUAGAUCCGUCCGCUUCUAUCGACCCGUCGGCGACCAUUGGUCCUAACGUUAGUAUCAGCGAAGGCGUCAAAAUAGGGGCCGGAGUUCGGGUUAAAGAGUCUAUUAUCUUAAGAAACGCCACAAUACAGGAUCACUCGAUAAUAAUGCACUCAAUAGUUGGCUGGAACUGCACAGUAGGCCUGUGGUCACGAGUGGAGGGCACUCCCUGUGACCCGAACCCCAACAAAGCGUUCGCCAAAAUCGAUAAUCAGCCCCUCUUUGACGGCGACGGCAAACUUAAUCCAUUGAUUACAGUUUUGGGUUCAAACGUUCAAAUCUGUUCCGAAAUAAUAGUUUUGAAUUCAAUUGUAUUGCCGUUUAAGGAAUUGAAUAGAAGUUAUAAAAACGAAAUAAUACUAUAAUAUAUACUGUAUUUUAACAAAACAAAAACUUAACGACUAAACACACGAAUGGUAUACGGAAUGAGUUUUCAAAGACUAUCAAAACAUAAUAGGAAUAUAAACAAUAGAAAGACAUCAAUAAUUGUCACAUUCGGUGAAACCAAGUCUUGAAUACAAGUUCUUCUGUUCAGUGAGAAGUUGUUUCACCUGAAGAUUAAAUUUAUUUAUUAAUAAAUAUAUAUUUUGUUACAUUGAAAACAUUCAAA